UGGUUGGAGGGGACGCUUGACAAGUCCCGCAGAAAACUUACGGGGCAAAGUCCAGCCUAAGUGUGAGGGAGACAGAGUGGAAGUUAAUGUGUCAGAGCGUGCAGGGCACAAAAUCACAUGUCAUUUUAAAGAAAUGCUCCAAAGAUGGCGGUGGUAAUUGCGACAGGAGUUUCUGGUUCCUCUGGAGUGCAAAAAAGUGGAUUUCUGGAGGUUUUGGUGCGAGAGCGGUGGCACAAAGUUUUGGUCAACUUGAACGAGGAAGCGUUCACAUUAAGCUGUGAGGAGAGCUGCAUUAACGACAAUGUCAACUCUAACGGCGUUACCAACGGAUCUUACCUCGACAACAAUAACACCAACUCUAACAACGGCCCCCAAACUGUGCGCACCGCGUUCACGGACCUACCGGAGCGAGUGCCCGAGGCGAUCGCCAACAGAAAGCGGUGCGUCAAGGUGACCAAGCAGGAGGUCGGGGGACUCGGGAUCAGCAUCAAAGGUGGGAAGGAGAAUAAAAUGCCCAUCCUCAUCAGUAAGAUAUUCAAGGGACUCGCAGCGGACCAGACCCAGGCUCUGUACGUCGGGGACGCCAUCCUGUUAGUGAACGGUAUGAACCUGCGGGACUCGACCCAUGACGAGGCUGUGCAGGCGCUGAAACGGGCCGGGAAAGAGGUGACUCUGGAAGUCAAAUACAUGCGCGAAGCAACUCCGUACGUCAUAAAGGGAUCCCCUGUGUCAGAGAUCGGAUGGGAAACACCCCCUCCUGAGUCUCCCCGCCUAGGCAGCACUUCCAUCACCUCCACUUCUGACCCUCUGAGUCCUCUACCCCAGCCCUCCCUGUCUCUGCAGGGCGACAGGAGGUGCAUACCACUUAAGAUGUGUUAUGUAACCAGAGCCAUGACUACACCAGACCCUGAGAACAGACAACUGGAGCUGCAUUCCCCUGACGCCAGGCACACCGUAGUGCUGCGGUGCCCAGACCAACCAUCUGCCCUGACCUGGUUCUCUGCCAUGCACUCUGUCACAUUCACUCUGGCACAGCGGGCGCUGGCAGAGGUCAUGCAGAACACAACCAGGACAGGGGUUGCUGGCAGCAAAGAAAUACGACACCUGGGAUGGCUGGCAGGGAAGACAGAGAGUGAGAAGGAGUGCUGGAAGCCAGUGCUGGUUGUGGUGACAGAGAAAGACCUGCUGCUGUACGACAGUCUACCACGAGGCAAAGAGGCCUGGCAGAGCCCAGCACACACUUAUCCACUAUUAGCAACACGUUUGGUCCACUCUGGCCCUGACCGGGGGUCGCCUCAUUCUGGCACAGAGCUGUUUUUUGCCACUCGAACCGGCACACGCCUAGGCAUUGAGACAUACCUUUUCCGAGCUGAGACCACCAAGGAUCUGUCUCUGUGGACCCGACACAUAGUCAACGGGUGUCACACUUCAGCUGAGAUGAUCAAGGAAGUCACUACAAGUUGUCUUUACCGGGGUCAGGAGUGCCGACUUGUUAUUCACUACGAACAGGGCUUCUCUGUGUUGGCUGAAUCCAAACGUGGAGAUGGGGAGAAUGAAGAAGACAGAGGAGCUCACACUCCUACCAGACCACGAGUGCUCCUCUCCUACCCCUAUGAAAAACUAAAGAUGUCCUCGGAUGAUGGAGUUCGAAUGCUCUUCCUUGACUUUGGAGGGAAAGAGGGGGAGAUUCAACUGGACCUCCACUCAUGUCCGAAGCCAAUCGUCUUCAUCCUCCACUCCUUCCUCUCUGCUAAGAUCUCCCGCCUUGGUCUGGUGGCCUGACAGUCUCUCUGAACGGACAUUUCACCUGCUUUAAAAAAAGAAAUCCACUGUGUUUCUCCACAUCACUGCAGGCAGCAUGAAGUGCACCUUGUUAAACUCUUACAGCGGGGUACCCAAGCAGAGCGAAUGUAGCCUCUCUCUGGAAACUAAGCAUUUUAGGGUCUCCAACUCCAAGUUAAAGAAACACUGGAGAAACCAAACCAGAUUGGUUUUGCUUUGACUGGAACUUGGAACUUUAAACUUUCCCUUUUAAGGGCUGCAAUGACUGAAAUGUUGACUAAUGAACCACAGAAGAAAACAUGGACUAUCACUGGACUUGAAGCAGAGGGAUGAUACGAUGUAUAUAGAGAAGGACACACUGAAAGAAAUAGAUUGGGCAUUACUGUCACGUCCAGGGUUGGACACGUGCAGCAGGGGUUGAGAUGAAUCCAUUUUUAAUUCAAUCAAAAUGUAAUGGCAAACUGCCUUCCAUUUACCAAUCAUAUAAUUUAUUCACCAUCAGCUCUGAAAGGACACUCUGUAUUUAACUCUGUCAUUUUUCUUCACCAAAAACUUUAAGCAUUUGUCUUUGUUAGUGUCCCCUUGAGACAUCUCAUUAGCAAUGUCACUAUUCAUCACUGAACCUGAGAAGCCCGACUGGCCGCAUAGUUUCCCACAGUGUGACAGCUGACUCACAUUCAAAGUGUCACAGUAUUUCUUUAACAAGUUGCAUACAGUAACCAUCUUGUGGUCAAAGUAUUUCAGUAUGAGAGUUGACAAUGAUCCAAUGUCAGCUCUAAUGUCUUGAAACAUGAAAAACACUGUUAUCACUUACUUCAUUUAUAACAAACUCAACCAUUGUGUUUUUGUUGUCACAUUUAUUUUUCUGAUGCACUUAACUUGAAUUUCCAGAGUAAAACUUGGAAUACCUGCAAAUUCAUAAUUAGGAUAUUAAUAUGCACAUUAUUAAUUUAUCCUGAAUAGUACCACAACUACAUGAGGAUACUUUGGGAAACAUGUUUUGGAUAAUUUUAAGAAAUGGUUUAUCAUGUAUUACAUGCAUUAAUAUGUUUCUUUGUUGUGUUGUCAAGAGGCAGAUGAAAAAAUCAAUACCGAUGACAUAUUUAUUAAAUAUAAGGCUACUGCCAGUAGCUGGUUAGCUUAGCAUAAAGACUGGAAUAAAGGGGAUUGUAAAUUUGGAGCACUUUCCUUAACCAAUUGUUGAACCUGAUGACACUCAACAGCCAUCAUUAAUAAUUCAUGAAAUACAAAUCAUGUUUGUUUUCUCAGUUUAAGUUUACUUUUUAAAAAAAUGUACGCAUAACCGCCUGUAAAAUGGCAAAUUGUCAUUUUUACACUUUAUUUUUUUGUCCAGGUGCCAGCUGUAAACUUAUAUUUAAAGGAUAGACCUGAGAGUGAUUUUGAACUUCUUGCCUAAAUCUCAGCAAGACAGCGAAUAAGUGUAUUGCCCAAAAUGUCAAUGUCUCCAGUCUACUGAGACAUGAUGAUGCUGUUGACUCCUCCUUCCUUAAUUUCAGGGUGGAGAGUGACUGUUCACGCCUGAUGUACCAACUGAAAUAUUUCAAAAUAGACAUCUAAUAACUGCAGAUGUUAAACUGACAAACUGAAGUCAUGUUCUGCCCCAUCAAGCUAACAUCUGCCAAGAGUACAUCUAACAUUCAGACUGAAAACUGCCAUUCAAACUAAGGAUGCCACAGUUAUGUAAUCAAGUAUUAUUCAUCUAUCAAUACACAGUAACAAGGUAGCCAUCAUAUAAAUCUUCUAGUCUGCUUUAGUCCUGCAGCAGCCAGUGUAGCUCUUUUUGUCUUGGAUGUUACAGUAUGCAGCAUUAAAUCUGUGUGCUGUGCCGUCUCUGACAUGGCCAGCUGCCAGGUCUUUCCCUGUGCCUUCAGAUGAUAAAGAAGAAAAAAAAAGAAGAAUUUUGAAAGACAUUAAUCACAGCAUGAGCAUGGAGCAAUGAUGCGACUUCUAUGAUGGCUACAUUUGGUUAUGAGUGUGGAGAUUCUCAGCCAGUGGUAAUUUUGUGUUUUCUGUCUUCUUCAUAUCAAACACACACAUUUUCAAUGACCAUUUACAUACACAGUGACACUGUGAACAUUGAUUUACACAUUGCAAGCAUAGCACACUGUAGAGGAAAUAUGAUAUGGUUUUGUUGUUACUAAAAGAUGACGGCAGCACUGUAACACUUAUGUUCAGCGAUGAAUCCCGCACUUACUGAUAACCUCAAGUGAAGAAAAGCUCUGUGAGUAAAGGCUGCUUUGAUAUGUAGAAUACUCUGAUGCCUUCGGCAGCUACUAUACUGUCACUCAGAAUGAUAAAGCUUAGUUUUGAAGUCAAAUGGUGCACAUAAAUCAUGUAUUUAACAAAAGUGAUAAGAUGACUUUGUUUUUAUUGUGUUCAUUUGUGAUUUAUUCAU